AAUCACGUGCCGCUUCCAAAUCUUACUCCACUCUGCUCUUUUUUCAUUUGAAACAAAAAGGCAAUCCCAAUUUCAGAAUCAACCCCACUUUCUCCAAUCAAAAAAUUCUCAUCUAAAUCUCAUAUGGUCUCAGUAAAAAGCUCACAUGUGUGACCAAAAACUAAUAAUCUUCUCACAUCUGGGGUUAAUUAUCAAUGGCAAUUCACACUUGUUUCUCACUAAUACCUUCUUGUUUCUCUUCACCCAAAUUGGAAUUCCCAAAGAACAGCAUUUUUCAGUCUCCUAGAGAAAUCUGGUCAAAACUCAGUUUCAAUUCUGAUAUGAAAAGAUCGUUUGUUGGGGUACGGUUUCAAAAUGGAAACGUGCCUUGUGUGGGUGAGGACUUGCCGAUUGAGUAUGCUGAUUGGUUGCCAAAACGGGACCCAAGUGAUCGUAGAAGAGCUGGAAUUUUGCUACAUCCGACGUCGUUUCCUGGACCUUAUGGUAUAGGGGACCUUGGCCCUCAGGCUUUUCAGUUUCUUGAUUGGCUUCAUCUUGCUGGUUGUUCCAUGUGGCAGGUUCUUCCACUUGUACCGCCUGGAAAGAGAGGCAAUGAAGAUGGAUCGCCCUAUUCAGGCCAGGAUGCAAAUUGUGGUAACACCCUUUUGAUUUCUCUUGAAGAGCUUGUUGAUGAUGGUUUACUGAAGAAAGAGGAGCUUCCGGAGCCACUACCUGUGGAUCGUAUCAAUUACUCGACUGUUGCUGAGAUAAAAGAUCCUUUGAUAGCCAAGGCAGCAAAGAGGCUUCUCUCCAGUGAAGGGAAACUGAAAGAACAGCUCGAAAACUUUCGCAGGGAUCCAAAUAUAUCGAGUUGGCUAGAGGAUGCUGCUUAUUUUGCUGCCAUAGACAACUCUUUAAACACUAUUAGCUGGUAUGAUUGGCCUGAACCAUUGAAAAAUCGCCAUCUUGCAGCUCUAGAAGAAGUUUAUCAAAGUGAAAAGGAUUUUAUCGACACUUUCAUUGCACAACAGUUCUUAUUCCAAAGGCAAUGGCAAAAAGUUCGUGACUAUGCACGAUCAAAAGGAAUCAGUAUUAUGGGAGACAUGCCAAUAUAUGUUGGCUAUCACAGUGCUGAUGUUUGGGCCAACAAGAAACAUUUUCUGCUGAAUAGGAAAGGUUUCCCUCUUAUAGUUAGUGGUGUUCCUCCAGACGCCUUUAGUGAAACUGGUCAACUAUGGGGCAGCCCGCUCUAUGACUGGAAAGCCAUGGAGAAGGAUGGAUUUUCGUGGUGGAUACGCCGCAUUCGACGUGCAACGGAUCUUUUUGAUGAAUUUAGGAUAGAUCACUUUAGAGGAUUUGCUGGAUUUUGGGCUGUUCCUUCUGAAGCAAAAGUCGCUAUGCUGGGACGGUGGAAGGUGGGACCAGGAAAACCGUUGUUUGAUGCUAUCUUCCAAGCUGUUGGGAAGAUCAAUAUUAUAGCAGAAGACUUGGGAGUAAUCACCGAGGACGUUGUUCAGCUUAGAAAGUCCAUUGAGGCACCUGGCAUGGCCGUACUCCAGUUUGGAUUUGGCAGUGAUGCAGAAAACCCUCAUCUGCCUCACAAUCACGAGCAGAACCAAGUAGUGUAUACUGGAACUCAUGAUAAUGAUACGACUCGAGGUUGGUGGAACAUCUUGCCACAGGAAGAGAAAUCCAAUGUAUUAAAGUAUUUAUCAAACAUUGAGGAAGAGGAAAUAUCAUGGCGCCUGAUCGAAGCUGCAGUUUCUUCUGUAGCCCGUAUCGCAAUUAUACCAAUGCAGGAUGUACUUGGGCUUGGGAGUGAAUCCCGAAUGAAUAUUCCAGCAACUCAGUUUGGAAACUGGAGUUGGAGGAUUCCUAGUUCUACCAGCUUCGACAGCUUGGAUGCGGAAGCAAAGAAGCUAAGAGAUAUACUUGCAACUUAUGGGCGGUUGUGAUGAUGAAUGAUGGUUAAAGAUGUUAAUGUGCUCUCUGCAUGCUGCUUCCUGCAAUGUUUGUGCGCAAGAUGGCCGCACAUUUUCAUAGCUGAAGGACAUUCUCAGGCUCGGUACACAAAUGUGCUAGGCCAUAGAAUGAGAUCUGCAUACACAUUGUUUCCGCCACAAUUCGCUGCUUCAUCACGACGAAGGAAUGCCAGUAUGUUCAUUUUUGUGAUCUUUAGGCCCCCCUGAGGAAGCAGAUAAGCAGACUAAAACAGACUAGGAGUUCUAUUAUUCUAUAUUAGUCGGUAAAAACUACUGAUGUUAGAGAAAUGCCAUAUUUAUGCAGAAAUAUGUCAAAUGUUAAAUCUCUACUGUUCUAAAAUAAAUAACGCAUCUUUUUGUGUCAUUUCUAUUUGGUGCAAGUGAUACAAUACUUCUAGUUCUGUCUC